UCGAUGAUGCAACUGUGUAAAACGUAACAAUCUUUUUAUUGCAACAUGUGUUAAAUGUGACCCAAGCUUUUUUCCACACAUAUUGUUCAGUGUCAUAGCAACGGUCUGGUAGUCACUGAGGCUUGAUGAUGUAUCUUAGCACAUGGGGUGAUGGGGGAUGCCUUGAGGCACACUGGAAUAGGUGUUGCUCGGAGGAAAACUGAUAGUUUUUGGAGAUGACACCACACAUUUCUGUGUAGCCAGACUUACAGCUAAUUCUUCAUUCUCCACAGAGUGGAUCUGCAGAGCUCAGAGCUUCCUGAUGGUCUGUCUGCCCAGCAGCACAAAAUACAGCUGGACUCCAUAUUUAUGCUGCUGGAAGACAACAUUGUCACUUUUGUGAAGAACGAAUUAAAAAAGUGUCAAAAGCUUCUGGAUCCAGAUUAUCCAGAAAGUCAGAGGGUGGACGAGGAGGAGGUGUUGGAGGGCGAGGAUGCAGAGCAGAGGAGGAGCAGCAGAGAAUCAUUUAUGAAGAUCACAGUUUCUUUCCUGAGGAGGAUGAAGCAGGGGGAGCUGGCUGACCAUCUACUGAGAAGACGUGUUGCAGAGGUUUGUCAACAUCAUCUCAAACGUGGUCUAAAGGACAAGUUCCAAUGUGUGUUCGAGGGGAUCGCUAAAGCAGGAAACCCGACGCUCCCGAAUCAGAUCUACACAGAGCUCUACAUCGCAGAGGGAGGGACUGGAGAGGUCAAAGGUGAACAUGAGGUCAGACAGAUUGAAACAGCAUUCAGGAAACCAGUCAUACCAGAAACAACAAUCAGACGAGAAGACAUCUUUAAACUUCCACCUGGAAGAGAUGAACCAAUCAGAACAGUGAUGACAACGGGAGUGGCUGGCAUCGGGAAAACAGUCUUAACACAGAAGUUCACUCUGGACUGGGCUGAAGACAAAGCCAACCAGGACAUCCACUUCCUGUUUCCGUUCACCUUCAGAGAGCUAAAUGUGCUGAAGGAGAAGAAGUUCAGCUUGGUGGAACUUGUUCAUCACUUCUUUACUGAAACCAAAGAAAUCUGGAGCUUUGAAGACUUCCAGGUCGUGUUCAUCUUUGAUGGUCUGGAUGAGUGUCGACUUCCUUUGGACUUCCACAAAAACGAAAUCCUGACUGAUGUUACAGAGUCAAGCUCAGUGGAUGUUCUGCUGACAAACCUCAUCAGGGGGAACCUGCUUCCCUCUGCUCGCCUCUGGAUAACCACAAGACCGGCAGCAGCCAAUCAGAUCCCUCCUGAGUGUGUUGGCAUGGUGACAGAGGUCAGAGGGUUCACUGACCCACAGAUAGAGGAGUUCUUCAGGAAGAGAUUUAGAGAUGAGGAGCAGGCCAGCAGGAUCAUCUCUCACAUCAAGACAUCUCGAAGCCUCCACAUCAUGUGUCACAUCCCAGUCUUCUGCUGGAUCACUGCUACAGUUCUGGAGGAUGUGAUGAAGACCAAAGAGGGAGGAGAGCUUCCCAAGACCCUGAGUGAGAUCUACAUCCACUUCCUGGUGGUUCAGGCCAAAGUCAAGAAAGUAAAGUAUGAUGGAGGAGCUGAGAUAGAUCCACCCUGGAGUAAAAAGAGCAGGAGGAUGAUCAAGUCUCUGGGUAAACUGGCUUUUGAUCAGCUAGAGAAAGGAAACUUGGUCUUCUAUGAGCCAGACCUGACCAAGUGCGGCAUCGAUAUCGGAGCAGCCUCUGUGUACUCGGGAGUGUUCACACAGAUCUUUAGAGAGGAGAGAGGACUAGACCAGGACAAGAUCUUCUGCUUCAUCCAUUUGAGCGUACAGGAGUUUCUUGCUGCUUUUCAUGUCCAUCGGAUUUUCUGCAAGUCUGGAGUUAACCUUAUGAGAGAAAACAAGAAACGCUCUAGGAAGUCCAAAGUUUUCAAGAGACUAAAAUUAAAAUACCUCCAUCAGAGUGCAGUUGACAAGGCCUUAGAAAGUCCAAAUGGACAUUUGGACUUGUUCCUACGGUUCCUCCUGGGUCUUUCACUGCAGACCAAUCAGAGUCUCCUACAAGGCCUGCUGACACAGACAGGACACAAGUCGCAGGCCAACCAGGAUACACUCCAGUACAUCAAGAAGAAAAUCUGUGAAAAUCAGUCUACAGAGAAAAGCAUCAACCUGUUCCACUGUCUGAAUGAAGUAAAUGACCAUUCUCUAGUGGAGGAGAUCCAGCAGUCUCUGAGUUCAGGAAGUCUCUCUACAGAUCAACUGUCUCCUCCUCAGUGGUCAGCUCUGGCCUUCAUCUUACUGUCAUCAGAAGAUCUGGAUGUGUUUGAUCUGAAGAAUUACUCUGCCUCAGAGGAGGUUCUUCUGAGGCUGCUGCCAGUGGUGAAAGCCUCCAACAAAGCUCUGCUGAAUGGCUGUAACCUGUCAGAGAAAAGCUGUGAAGUUCUGUCCUCAGUUCUCAGCUCUCAGUCCUCUGGUCUCAAAGAACUGGACUUGAGUAACAACAACCUGCACGAUUCAGGUCUGAAACUUCUGUCCUCUGGACUGAGGAGUCCACACUGUCAACUGGAGACUCUCAGCUUGUCAGGUUGUCUGAUCACAGAAGAAGGCUGUGCUUCUCUUGCCUCAGCACUAAGCUCCAACCCAUCCCAGCUCAAAGAGCUGGACCUGAGCUACAAUCAUCCAGGAGACUCAGGAGUGAAGCUGCUGUCAGCUGGACUGAAGGAUCUAAACUGGAGACUGGACACCCUGAGGUAUGGAGACACCUGCUGCAGACACAAACAAUGUAUGAUAGAGGAGAAAGAACUGUAAAUGUGUUAUUUGUUCAUAAUUAAGCUCUGUCUGUCUGCUUCGUGCUGAUUAUGGGGUUGUAUGGACAAUCAGACAAAUAGCAUCUUUUCCUUUUCUCACUAAAGAAAAUGGUUGAACAUCAAUAACAGAUACAGUCCUUGUUGGGUAAUUUUAUUAUUCAAUCCAGCAUUACCUCAAAGAAAGUUCAACACACACACAAGGGGGUUAGAGUAAUCAGUUUGUCAAACCAAUACCAACAACCAAUAAUCAACCAACAACCAAAAACCAGACUUUGCAAAG